GCCGUGCCGCUCGCCUCAGUCUCUCCUCGAACCGCUACCGGAGCGAGUGCCUCGAAUGUUAACUGGCCUUCGCGCUACAUGUGAUACGAGUGUCCGAAUACCAUGGUGACAGUGUUUUUCGACAAGAGAAAUAAUCAGUGACGAUUUUCAGGAAGACGGAAGAAAGCCGAUCUCUCGCACACCGCUCGAAUUACGGCGGCGAGAUGUCGGUGAUGCAAAAGCGCCAGCACUGCUAUUUGUGCGAUUUGCCCCGGAUGCCGUGGGCAAUGUUGCACGAAUUCUCCGAGGCGGUAUGUCGUGGUUGUGUCAAUUACGAGGGGGCCGAUCGGAUAGAAGUGGUCCUGGAUACCGCGAGGCAGUUGAAACGCGCUCACGGAUUCCAAGAAGGACGUGGGCCGACACAUGCUAAAGGCGCUCAUAGAGCCCCUCUAGAAGCGCACCAGAACGGUGCGGAGACAACCGCUAGAGGACAACCGGCGCCUCCCGCGCAUCACGCUCCGGCGACUGGAUUUGCUUUACAUCAUCCUAGAGCCGCCACGAAUGCGGGCCUCCUCGCCGAAUAUAACAGCAGACGAGAGGAGCACGACGGAAGAGUUGCGAGUAGAUUAGCUCACUUACCUCUCCCGCAUCUUCCCCACAAUGGUGCUCGCCUGGCUCCUGGAAUAACGUUGAAGCGACCUCUGGACGAUGACGACCAUCAGUCUCAUCACGAGCCCGCGAAACGGCUUUUGGAGGAGCAUCCUCGACCGCCGCUAACUCGUGGUGAAUCUCUGCCGGCGGUGUCUCUAGCUGCACCGUUCGCGCCGGAUCGUGUUUUCAAACAAGAGAAACAUCCUAUACGUACACCAUCUUUUGAUGCUUCUUUCAAAACAAAUGGCUACGCCAACAGUGCUCCGUUGACAAAUGGUUCGGCAGGAUCUCCUUUGGGCCGAGCGGCCGGUUCGCCUCCAGUCUCGGCUGGAGCUGGUCCAUCUCCGAUGGCCGCUCUAAUGUCUGUAACGGAUACUCUUCCCCCGGGAUCACCCCGAUCUGCUGGAGGGUCACCUCCCCAGCCGCCUCCACAGCGAUCGGCCAGUCGGUCCAGCCAACACUCCCCUAAUUCUUCGGGGUCGAACGGCGGCAGGCGGUCGUCGGGCUCGCGACACGUUUCGUCCACGACAUCGGUCUCAUCCACCGAGGCGGGAGAGGGUGCCGAGGCGACUGCCCCUGCGCCGGCGCCGCUGCUCAAGUGCACCCUGUGUCAGGAGCGGCUCGAAGACACGCACUUCGUUCAGUGUCCGAGCCAACUCCACCACAAGUUCUGCUUCCCGUGCUCUCGGGACUCCAUCAAGAGACAGCAAGGAUCUGAGGUGUACUGUCCGAGUGGAGAAAAGUGCCCGUUGGCUAACUCCACAGUCCCGUGGGCGUUCAUGCAGGGCGAGAUAGCCACUAUCUUGGGGGAAGAAUUCAAACCGAAGAAGGAACGGGAGACUUAGGGCAGCACGAUGCGGCCUAGAUUUUAUCUGUUGUCCCUCUCGCUGCGAGUGCAGUAGAGAGGAGGUCCGGCCCCGCGAGCGCUCAGCGUGGGCGGCCUGCGGGCAUCUGCCGGGUCGCGACUAACUGAACCUGUACAUUACUUGUAAAUAUUACUUUAGUUCGUUCAUCGGACUCGAAUCUGAGGCAGGCGGAGUUUCCGCGGUGACUCUUGUGAGGAUAUGAACCGUAUUCAGCGUAAUGGAUUAUUUUUUUCACUUGGAAUGUUUCUGAAGCAUAAUAUUUUUAUCCAACGUGAGCGUUGCAUACUGCAAUAUUCUGAAUAUAGUACAUAUCCAUUUUUGAUGAAUUUACGAUGUUCUCGACUGUCGCACGAGUGAGUCGUCACUCGUCACGGAUGUGAAGUCAGUCGUGCCGGCGACCGCGCGUCGCCGAGGCGCCGACGCGACGCGACGAUGGGAUUUCUUCGGAUGCCAUUUUCUUAGUUACCUUUAGGUCCGAACCAUAGUUAACUUGGCAUUUAUUUAUAUUGUGAUUCUUAUACACUGUACGAGUAUUAUGCGAUAUAAUUAUUGAACAUGACAUAAUAAUAUGUAAGUAGUGGAGUACCGAGUACUGGGAGUACCGGGGACGAUACGUCGGAGGUGUACAGUUAGCUCUGUGUAUAUUUGUAUUUACCGCAUGAGGCGCAUGAGAUAUAUUAUUUUUAUGAAGCAAUUUAUUCAGAGUGGCUCGAGUUCCGUUACUAUUUCAUUCGGCAAGAAGAUUCGGCCCGGUAUUGAAAUAUCUUUUGCGUAGUGUCGUAGUCGUUAAUUUUGUUUUCGAUUGGGAAUCGUUCAAAAUUCGAGUUACUGAUCAUUUGACUCGUAGGAGUCUUGGAUUUUGCGAUGGGUGUGUGCUAAGGAAUAAGCGUCACACGGUCGGGGCCCACUCGUGGGAAAGCGGGGAAGGCGGGGGAAAGGCGGGGGCGCGGGGUGUACGGUGUACCUAGUCAUUUCGUGAAAUGUCAAAUUCAUACCGCGAGUGUGCGGCCGUUAUAGGAACUCUUAAAACUCGCUGCUAUAUUUGUAUAAAGUGAAGUAAUUAUCGUUAUAUUAUUAUUAUCAUUAUAAAUGUCAUAAUAAUUAAUACAGUCGGUAGUGUGUCAAUUUCGAAGCCUAUCAGAAUGCGCUUCUCGAUACGUUGCGACUUAGCUCUCGGUUUUAUAUUCAGAGUUCAGACUCAUGGUUUACGGGUUCUGCGUGAGCUUCUUCAGCAGUCGACACCUGACGGCGAAUCACGUCGAAUCGCGAUUCGAUAACUUCAUACUUACAAGUUUUAUUGAUAGAUAUAAUUUUUGUGCGUUCAACAUACGGAUGAGUCCUUUAUUUAUUUUAGCUGUUGUAAAUAUUACCGAGUAUGUUGUAUAUAAUUUUAUUGUAAAUAUAGAUUUAUUUGGUGUAGCACUGCGCUAGCCAGUCAGUAUUACUAAGUACUGUUUUGUUAGGGCCUCAUCGGGAGAACAAAGGUGUAUAGUAUCACUCGUAUCUGCCGAGUGCAGCGCACUUGCGAUUGCCGCUAGUGGUUUUUGUUCUCCCGCUGUGUCUCAACUCUCAUUAGACGCUUCGUACUGUAUCAUCACAUUGUUAAAGUGAUUUUAUGUAUCGGGUGCUAAGCACCCCCUCGUAUGGUACGUCAUUCUCUUGUAAAAAUUAUGUUCUGUUAAUAUUCUUAUCAAAAUACGCGUUGUUUUAAAAAAUAAAUAAAAAUACAUUUAAACCAACUUUCUGAACGAUUGCUUUUUUAAUGAUUUCUUUGUCGCUUUAAUCGGAACUUUUAAGUGGAUUGUAAAUGUUAAUUUUGUAAUGAUUUUCUGAUAGAUUUCGAAAUUGAUUGAUAUUAACCGGGUACCCGGAUGGGUUUGUCAACAAUUUUCGCCAUUUGUGGCAUUCGAAUCUGUACGAAAAGUACAUUUUUUUUUCGAGUGUCCAAUGUACUAUAAUUAUAUUUUUAUAUGGUUCUUUAUACAAUAUAGAAAUAGAUGUAGUCGAUAGAUCUAACAUUAUACGCCAAUGUUGGAAUUGGAAAGUGUGUGGAGUCGCGUUAGAUUCUUCCUUGGUUUUGUUUUCUAGUUUCAUGUUUUUUGUCUAUUCCAGAGCAAAAGCAUUAAUGUCUUCUCCUUGGCAAUAUAGAGUUUCGUAAACCUCUUGUCAAGUAGAAGGCGGGGUACAUUUGCUCUAAGAAUAGACUGUGGUGAUAGUACAUUGGACACUCCCAUAGUCCGCCUGUACAGUAACAAGGCUUGUAGUUGUCGAGGAGACAUGAGACAUGUUCUUUCUAUGUAAGCAGACGACAUGCUUUGACUUACGUUCAUGUAAAUGUUGGUGAAAUACAAUUGAUGUGAUUUUGUA